UGACGAGAUGAGUCAUUCACGAGUGAUGAACGUGUUUGAUGUUGGUGGUGCGACACUCAAAUUGAGGCGUGUGCGCAAGUAGGGGCCAUGCAAAGGCAGCCGACACCUUUUAUGUCCGAAGGUCGAGCAAAGCUCAAGCCUUUCGUGAGAGGAGCAGUGUUGAUAUUCGGAUCGUUGACCGUCCCCUUGCCCGACAGAAAGCUGCCUUCCACUGCCCAUACAUCAUCAUGGAUGCUCGUUUCCUAUUCAGCGCAGUGUUGUAGAUCGAGCACCGAUCUGUCCGGAAUUACACAUCCGAAUGACAUGCUAGUCUGAGGUGGUCAAGGUGCCAGCUCCAUCUUCUUCUACUUCGCCGCCCCACAGCUCCAAUGCCCUUCAGGCCUGCCCAAGAUGCAUGUUCCACAGGGAGAAUGACGGCGGCGAUGAGGAUACAUGUGGUUCCUGAACAUAGCACAGGCCACCUUGAAACGAGCAGGGACCAGAGAUGCUUGGACGCGAGGAGGGUGCCCAGGUACACGGUGCAAAUGAAUUCCGG